AUUUACCUACUUAAAUGUCUGUGUUUAUCUAUAGAAAAAACAUUUUCUGAGACACCCACCUCCAUAUUCUACAUCUUACAGCCUAUCCCUACAUUCUCUAAAUGCGCGCCGCCAGAAUUGAUCCAGAGGCUGCGUGGCCACCACCAAUUUCACCAGACGAAAACGACGACGACAGGAAUGUCAGGCUUGAGCAGGAGAGAGAGGCCAAACGGGUCAGCGACGCCAUCGACCUCGCUUUAAAUGUUGAAAGAGAAAACAAGAAGAAAACUAUCCACGGUGCAAAAAUUCUGCUUCUCGGUCAAGCCGAAUCCGGGAAGUCAACGAUCUUGAAGAACAUGCAGCUUCAUUUUUCUCCAAGUGUAUUUCACGCUGAGGCUGAAUUAUGGCGUCCAGUCAUCCAUCUUAAUCUCGUUCGCUCAGUCAACUUUAUACUGAACUUGCUCUCUCCACGAUCUUCUGGUUCCACCUCUCCGACCUCCACUUUACCCCUUGAUGAUAGCGUGCGCCGCUUAAUCUUCAGUCUUGCUCCUCUCAAAUCCGUUGAAACAUCGCUGACGCAACGCAUAUCUGGAUCAACAAACACGGUGAACCACGAUCACAAAUCAACCAAUAUCGACACGCCCUAUGCUCAUUACAAUCCUGCCAAAGCUCCUGAAAUAGCUGUACGAUCAGGUGCAGGUUGGAAAGGCCUACUCAAAUUCCGCCGCCAACCCGGUGUUUUAUCCUCGCCCGAGGACAUACAGAAUCGUAGGAUCAUCAAUGCAUGUGUAGACGACAUUAUCACGCUUUGGAAAAAUCCUAUUGUCCAGGAGAAGCUGCGGCAAGAGGAAAUCUCACUCAAGGACCAACCUGGCUUUUUCCUUGAAGACGUUCAACGCAUAUCCGCAGAAGAAUAUCUUCCAACCCCAGAUGAUGUUUUACGAGCCCGAGUCAGCACAAUAGGUCCAGAAGAACAUCGUAUACCGAUGGAAAGCAGUUUUGAGAACGGUAACGGCAAAGACUGGAUUGUAUAUGAUGUUGGAGGUGACAGGAGUCAAAGAGCUGCUUGGGCCCAGUUCUUUGACACAGUGACUGUAAUAAUUUUUCUUGCCCCAGUCUCUGCCUUUAACCAAGCUCUCGCCGAAGACGAGACUGUAAAUCGGCUGGCCGACUCAAUGAAACUAUGGCGCAUGAUAUGCAGCAAUAAGUUGCUGGCCUCGGUUGAUCUAAUCCUUCUGCUCAACAAAAUUGACAUUCUCGACGCACAAUUGAAGGCUGGCGUGCAGUUCAGCAAAUAUGUCACGUCGUAUCGAGAUAAGCCCAACGAAACCGAGGCCGUUUCGAAAUAUCUUCUGGACAUGUUUACGGCCCUGCAUAAGCAGCACUCCCCCACCAAAAGACGAAAGAUGCAUCCUCACCUGACUUGCGCUAUAGAUACCACGGCAACCGCUACGGUCAUCACUCACAUUCAAGAACUCAUCCUUAUCAAGACGCUCUCUCAAACUAAUAUAUUGUAAUAUUAACGAACGCUACGUAAUUUAGGUGGGUGUAAAUAUCUCCCGAGGACUUGUUUUUUGCAUGACAGUGAUCGUUGGCAUACCUGAAUGCGACCAUAUGCUCCACAUGUUAGCCGUAGAUCUUUUGCACUCAUGUGGAUGCUGACCCCACUUUGUUGUACCGAGUCAAACAUUCUUUCAGCUGUUGACGUGCUGUG